UCCUCUGCAAUUACGCGGUAUUUUAUUUAUAAUUAUCACUUUACGUCCAUAAUGGAAAACAGUACGAUUUAAGGGCCUUCUUAGAAUAUUGAUAAGAUAUCAACUCAAAGGUAUAAAAAACAACACUUUGCGAAGCAUUAAACAGACACUUAAAAAUUUUAGAAGCAACACUAUGGAUAGAGGCAUUAAGCUUUUUUAUUUGCUUUUCGUACUUUAUACUGUUAAAGCUCAAACUGAUUAUUGCAAGUUAAGUUGUGAUGGUAAAAUACACACCGUGUGUGAAAGAAAAAAUGUGAGCUGUGGAGCUGCAUCAGAUUGCAAAAAUUUCAAACAAAUGUCAUUGACAGAUAACGACAGACGGUUGGUGCUGGACCUUCACAACAAAUUAAGAAAUAAAGUAGCUCUAGGACAGGAAAAGACAGGCCCUCAACCGAAAGCAUCAAAUAUGAAAGCUCUGAGUUAUAGUAAGGAACUAGAAAAGAUAGCUCAAUGCCACACAAACUCCUGCAAGUGGGGUCACGACACAUGUAGAAAAACUCCACAAUGGGGAUGGGUUGGACAAAAUAUUAUGUUAAGAUCUUACAAAGGAAUUACUAUAACUACACAAUUCAUGGUGAAUGCAUCGAUCUAUGGUUGGUAUAGCGAAGUUGCUGAUUUCAAUCCAGCGUGGGUUUCUUCAUUUGAUAGCCAUGGAAAAGAGAUAGGCCAUUAUACCCAAGAAGUGUGGGCUAAUACACAAUAUGUGGGCUGCGGACUCACUUUCUAUGUAGACUCCAAGGGUUGGGAUGUGUACUACAUAGCUUGUAACUACGGACCAGGUGGAAAUAUAAACACAUUACCAGUAUACGAGCAAGGAACUCCAGCUUCAAAGUGUGGCGGUUUGGCCAAAAAUUCCAAAUAUCCUGGACUUUGUGGACCUGACAAUCUUUAAUCAACUGUAUAUACUUGAUUGUUUUUAUAAUUUAUUAGUUAUUAACAUAAAUCCAAUAUUUA